CCCCACCCCAGGGGAAAAGACUUUGUCUAUUUACCCUAUCCAUGUCCCUCAUGAUUUUAUAAACCUCUAUGAGGUCACCCCUCAGCCUCUUCACACACACUCACACACACGCUCACACAGACACACACACACACUCUCACACUCACACACUCACACACACACACACACACACACACAGACAGACAGACUGAGAGUCCAUCCAUUCUCUUCUCCACAGGAUGUGAGUGUUAAACCGUUCAGUAAAGUGAAGCCCACCAUACAGAAGCAUCAAGGGAUUAAUUUAAAUGGGACAAAAGAAAAGACAUUCCUGAUUAUAAUGCUACUAAGUUUUCCACCUAUAUCAGCUGCAAUGGAUAAAGUCGCUGACGUUGGAGGGACUGUGACACUCCCGUGUCAGGUCGGGAAUGUCACUAUGUCCCAGGCCACUGUAUACUGGCAAAAGCGCCUGGAAAAUAAAGUCUUGUGCUAUUGGAAGAAUGGGAAAAUGGAUCCCAAUUAUCAGAACGAGGAAUACCGGAACAGAAGUCGCAUCUCACACAGUGAAUUCCAGAAGGGGAACCUGUCACUGAUAAUUUCGAAUCUGCGUCUGAAUGAUAGUGGAGAGUAUGAUUGUAUCAUCAGAACAAAAAACCAAGCAACUCCUGAGCGAUACACCAUUACUCUGAAAGUUAACAACCCUACAACUGUGGAACCGAUAACAGUGGAGACUAAUGGGGCCACUCUGCAGAAUCAAACAGAUCCACCCGCCUCGAAUAGACAUCAUUAUUGCCUCAUUCCAUUAGCAAUAUUUCUGCUUCUCUGCGUCUGUGCGAUUCUAGCUGUAUGGGUUGGAGUAGAGCGCAUUGACGGAGCGAUGCAGAGAAAGCCUUGAAUUCUUCAGUUGACAGCAGAAUAAAAACAUUCUUUGGGACACUCUG